GAGGGAUCAGUGGCAGUUGUGCUUAGAAUUUUGUCGUUUUCCUUAGGCCGCAAUACCGUGUCACUCGCGAAAUCAACGAGAUGGCCUCGAUCAGUGCUUGGCGUGCCUGAAGCUUUCUGUCAAUGAACCAGCUUUUUGCGAGGAAGCUGACAGGAAGCCCAUUCGGAAGGAAGUAGGAUGCGUAGAUCUUGAGUUUCUUUGAUGGUUGGAAGAGGAGUGGGGGCGGGAACACAAUUUUUCCUGAGAUUUGCUUCUGAGGUUGGCGGGAGUAGCCCGUGGAAGUUGAAAUAAAAAGGUUUGGUCGGCGACGGUGUGGGAGUUGUGCUCAGCAAGUAGAUUUGCUCGUAGGAGGGUGGUGCAUUAUAGUUUUUGAAGUUGCAGGGAUGGAGAGGUUUGCGCUUGGUGCAGUUGCAACAAUUCUCACACUCUUUCUCUGUUACGCUAUUACUUAGCUUCUGCAAGCGCUUAUGGCAUCGAAUAGCUGCUUGCAAAAUUACUUGUCUACCACACGACCUUACGCGGGAAGCCUACGGAACGUACUUGGGAAAUUGUCAGCUGCAGAAAACUCCAAUCAGCUUGAUGCGGAUUUCGAGGCGUGUGUUCUGAGUUUUCUUUCUUUUUCUUUUUUUCUGGAGAGGGUACCUUUGAUAUAUAUAUAUAUAUAUAUAUAUAUAUAUAUCUAUAUAUAUACACAGUUGAAUACAUUGUUUUUAGAGGAGGUGGGGAGUAAUUGGAGGCAAUCGAUCUCAAAACCAGACUAGCAUCCUAUCUCAUGACCGACGCCCACACUGAUUCAGGCUUGGGUUCUCCUUCAAUGUAACCGAAGAUGAUGACGUCGAAGAUACCAGUCGCGCAGCCAAGCAAAAAAUCAACAAGAGUGCGAGCAGUGGAUUGAUUGGGUGUCUAAGGGCAUGAGCCACGAGUGUGGUUUUCUUAGAACAUUGUGGCCCCUACCUGGGCGGGAAGAAGCCAAACGCCUGAAUCGGCCGCCCACCUGUGAAAAUGGGUGAAUGGAUAACAGGAGCUGCCAUCAAUGUGGUGGGCAGCAUAUGCAUUAACUUUGGGACUAAUCUACUCAAGCUUGGGCACAAUCAGAGGGAACGGCAAGCACUUGACACAGAUGACUCUGAAGAUAAGACAUUCUCGAAAAAAUCUGUAACGCAGUAUCAAUCAUGGCGUAUAGGUGUGGCGAUUUUUUCUUUUGGGAAUAUUUUGAAUUUUAUAUCUUUCGGCUAUGCUGCUCAGUCAUUACUGGCAGCUUUGGGCUCAAUACAAUUCGUUUCCAAUGUUUUCUUUGCAUAUCUGAUGCUCAAUGAGGUUGUGACUAGGCGAAUUGUUUUGGCAACGUCGUUCAUCGUAGUCGGGAAUGGCUUCCUGGUUGCGUUUGGAAAUCAUCAGUCCGUUAUUUACACAUCUGAGCAGCUUUUGAGAAAUUAUGGGGGGCGCGUUUAUCUCACUUAUUGCUUCAUUCUUCUAUGUAUUGUCGCUGUGCAUCACGCCAUAUACAGACGGGGAAGGCAACUCACUGUAUCGCGUGGUGAGGAUCCUGGCAGUGUAUGGCGCAUGUUGUUACCAUAUACAUAUGCUGUUGUCUCGGGUGCUGUUGGCUCCCAUUCUGUCUUAUUUGCGAAAUCUCUGUCAGUUCUGCUUCGAUCGACAUUAGAGGGUGAAAACCAGCUGGAUGGUUUGUUCACAUAUCUUGUUUUUUUCUUAUUUGCGGGAACAGCUUCGUUUUGGAUGGCCAGGCUUAAUGAUGGAUUAGCGUUAUUUGAUGCCAUUUUAAUCGUACCCAUGCUUCAAAUCGUGUGGACUUUCUUCUCCAUAUUUACGGGUUUCAUUUAUUUCGAAGAAUAUCGGGUAUUCGGCCGAUUUCGAGCUGCAAUGUUUGGCGUUGGUGUUCUGGCUCUCUUUGUCGGCAUGUCGCUCCUUGCUCCUCAGGCUCCCCAGCUUGGUUCUAAAGCGGAUCCUUCAGGUUCUAGUACGAAAACGGAGAACGAGAGUGAGACUGAACUUGCGCCACUGAUUUCCAAUGCCCCUUCAGAUAACCGAGAGCCUAGGAGAAUUUCGGUGCAACCCAUGCAUACAGACACAGCUGCAGUUGUGGGUCAAGCUAAGUCUGCUGCCAGGAUGACGGUAGGACUUGGCCAAGACGGCAUUCAUGCAUCAUUCAUAUUCUCGAUGCCUAUGAUAGCCUCUGCACGCUCUCCAUGGCGGCCACCUACGUUAAAUCCCGAGUGGUGGACCAACCUUCCUGAUCCUCGUGAUGUCGAAGAUCCCAAGAGGGCUAAAAUUCGACCGGACAACUUGUAACGUAAACUUGAAACCCUGCUAGUAUCCUCUUGCGGUUUCAGUCAAUCCUACUCUCCUGAUUGUAGUUUGUCAUAAAGCUGUAUUGUUUUCAACAAUUCUAUAUGCGUUCUGCCUUCCUCGCAUCGCAUCAGACUACAGCCAUUCUGUUAGGUCUACAAUGAGGAGCCUGUUACCUCUGCAUACAUAGUUAUUUUUUUCUUCUCCUUUUAUUUUUAUUUUUAUUUUUUUUCUCUUUUUAGAGAACUAUUUUUAGAACAUGAUAUUUUCAAGCAGCAACUAUAAGUAGCUAUGAGCACUUUCAUAGUCGUGAACGGCAACCUUCAUUGCCCCCCUUAGUAUGGAAUUCAUCCGUGCAUGCGAAGCUAUCUUGAGAUACAGUAUCAUUCUUCUGAUCCUGUUCACAUUUCCUUCGCUUCUAGAGAAUCAAAUAUUACGGUUACAAGGCAUUUGAGAGACUGCAUCUCUUUGUUAAGCCCAAGUAUAUAGGUUGCAUUGUGUUUUAAAUCUUCUCUGCUUUUGUGAUCUUAGCAAAACACAUUUAGUUGGAUUUAAAGGUUAUUGUUGCUUUCAUGUAAGCAAAGUAUUCAGUGACCCAAAGUAAUGUGGAUUUUCCCACAAAAAAUAAAUUUAAAUACUAGUAUUGUACA